CUUACAGGUCCCAGCCUGAAGACAUAUUUAACUUCAACUCUCUGAAUAAUUUUAUUCGUUCUAAGUAAUAUACGGUGCAUGAGAUGUUUGCUGCUGCUUUCUUCAUCUUGUCUUUGAUGACUUGUCAGCCUGGGGUAACCAUUCAGGAGAAGGUGAACCGGAGAGUAAGUCGGGCUCUUCAGAGCUCGAGCUCCACAGCAGUUAGCUGCCAGCUCAGCAACUGGUCAGAGUGGACAGACUGCUUUCCAUGCCAGGACAAAAAGUACCGAUACCGGAACCUCCUGCAGCCAAACAAGUUUGGGGGAACCAUGUGCAGUGGCGAUGUCUGGGAUCAAGCCAGCUGUCGCAGUCCCACAGCUUGUCUAAGGCAAGCACAGUGUGGACAGGAUUUCCAGUGUAAGGAGACAGGUCGCUGCCUGAAACGCCACCUUGUGUGUAACGGAGAGAGGGAUUGUCUUGAUGGCUCUGACGAGGAUGACUGUGAAGAUGUCAGGGUCCCUGAAGAUGACUGCAGACAAUAUGACCCCAUUCCAGGGUCAGAGAAUGCAGCCUUGGGGUACAAUAUCCUGACCCAGGAAGAAACUCAGAGUGUGUACGAUGCCAGGUAUUAUGGGGGCCAGUGUGAGAUGGUAUACAAUGGGGAAUGGAGGGAGCUUCGCUAUGACCCCUCCUGUGAGCAUCUCUACCACGGAGAGGAUGAGAAGUACUUCCGGAAACCCUACAACUUCCUCAAGUACCACUUUGAGGCCCUGGCAGAUACUAGACUCUCCUCAGAGUUGUACGAUGAUGCACGUGACCUUCUUUCUAAAGUAAAAAAUGACAAGUCUGUGUCAGCCGGAGUAACUGUUGGUGUGGGCCCCAUAAGCAGCCCUGUAACACUGGACGUGGGUGUAUCUGGGUCACGAGACUCUUCGUUCUUGAAUGAGUUAAACAAGUAUAAUAAGAAGAAAUAUAACUUCCUGAGAAUUUUCACAAAGGUGCAGACUGCUCAUUUUAAGAUGAGGAGGGACAAUAUUGUGCUGGAUGAAGGCAUGCUGCAAUCAUUAAUGGAGCUCCCAGAGCAGUACAAUUACGGCAUGUAUGCCAAGUUCAUCAAUGACUAUGGCACUCAUUACAUAACGUCUGGAUCAAUGGGUGGCGUUUAUGAAUAUAUCCUGGUGCUUGACAGAGAAAAAAUGGAAUCACUUGGUAUUACCAGCAGAGAUAUCACGUCGUGCUUUGGAGGUUUUGUGGGCAUUGAAUUUGACUAUUCAGAUAGUAUACAAAUUGGAGGAAAGUUAUCAGGGAAACGUUGUAAAAGAUUUGGAGGUGGCGACUCUGAAAGCGACAUGCGGGCCAUGGCCGUGGAAGACCUUAUUUCUCGGGUUCGAGGUGGCAGUUCGGGCUGGGGCGGCAGCUUGUCUCAAAACAGGAGCACCAUUACAUAUCGUUCCUGGGGGAGGUCAUUAAAGUAUAAUCCUGUUGUUAUUGAUUUUGAGGAAGCUGGAGGCCCAGGGAGGGGCUCUCUGUUCUUUCUGCACCCACAGAUGCAGCCCAUCCAUGAGGUGUUGAGGCAUACGACCCUGGGGCCCCUGGAGACCAAACGCCGGAACCUGCACCGGGCCUUGGACCAGUACCUGUCGGAAUUCAAUGCCUGCCGCUGUGGGCCCUGCUUCAACAAUGGGGAGCCCAUCCUCGAGGGCACCAGCUGCAGGUGUCAGUGCCCCCUGGGUCGCAAGGGCCUUGCCUGUGAGCAAAUGGAGCAAGACGGAGCCAAGGCAGAUGGUCGCUGGAGCUGCUGGAGCUCCUGGUCUGCUUGCAGAGCAGGCACCCAGGAGAGGAGGAGAGAGUGCAAUAACCCCGCACCCCAGAACGGAGGUGCCUCGUGUCCAGGGUCUAAAGCGCAGACCCGGGCUUGCUGACAGCCUCUGGGCACCGAUGCCAUGGAUGUCACCCCCUGCACCGACCACUGGAUAAAGACUUCUUUCAGCUGAGGGAAAACAGAAAUCGACAUGGACUUUUUCUCUGUCCUGCCAACUCCUGGGCCCAGGACCAGCCUGUGCCAUCUACAACAAACUAACUGUCCUAUUAUUCUAGACUUUGUUCAACAACUGGGUGCAGGGCGUUAACUAGGGGCUCGGUCCUGCUUACAGCACCUCAGAUCAUCCAAAAACCAAGAGAGAAAUCUCAAUCCAUGCCGUAGAGGGAUUUAUAGGACGUUAGAGGUAUGAGGCAAGCAAAUGCUGUUGAAACAGUCAACGGCCAAUAAAACAAAGUAUGAUGAGAAUUA